AACAUUGUCGGAGGCCGUGUGGAGGUGUAUCUCCGACAGAUCUGUUUAUGGUGGAUCUGCUUCAAUCUGGUCUUCGUUCGUCCACGUUCAUGUGUCUUCGGGUUGAAUCCUUCUGAUCUAUGUUUCUCUUCAUCGACGGCAGUUGUUGUUCUAGUGCGCUGGUCCUACGUGGCCUUAACAUGACAACUUUUUGACUGUCAACUGCAACAAGUGUUGCCCAGCUUCGGCAAGUGAGGGGCAAUGACGACGGCACGUCUUCGACUCACUUCAGUGCUUGUAGUCGUUGCUUUGUGGUUUAUGGAUCCACAUGCAAUUUUUAUUAUUUGUGAUGUUCGUUGUAAUGUCAUGAUUGAACUGAAUAGAUUGACAGUUUUUUUUUCUGAAAAAAUAAUGAGAAGAGGGAAAAGAGCACCCAAGUCAAAGAAAAAGGAUAAUUUUCACCCAGUCUAUGCAGAAAGUAUAAUUACGCUUUUCACGGUAUUGCAGAGAUUGACUCCAGGACGGCGCUGCGUGUUGAGCUCGCGGUCUCCGACGUGGCGGCGUCGAGGUCGUCAUUCGAUCCGACCGAGAGGCCCGCGCCCAGCCGAGGGCCGACCCACGCGCCCCAACUCCCACGUAAUUCUUCCAUCCAACAGAACAAAACCACCGCCUCCAACCCGCGCCCACCGCCUCGCCACAUUAACACGCGCCCCCUCUCCCUCCCCGUCGCCGCCAUGCCCGCCGAUGCCAAGCCCCGCGCCCUCCUCCCCGUCCGCCCACUCCUCCUCCUCCUCUCGAUCCCCUUCCUCUCCCUCCUCCUCCUCUACGGCUACUCCUCCUCCUCGGCCCCUCCCCUCCCCAACGCCGCGGCCGUCCGCGCCUCCCCGCCCAACCCGCACAUCCGCAUGCGCCGCGGCGCCGCCUUCCGCUCCUACGACGACUACCUGCGGCACCAGCUCAACAAGACCCUCGACCCGCGCCUCCGCCGCGUCUGGGCCACCCGCGACUGGCGCCGCAAGGUCGACGCCUUCGCGCGCGCCUUCCGGGCCCUCCAGGCCGAGGGCCUCCUCUCCAACGCCUCCCGCGCGCUCUGCGUCGGCGCGCGCCUCGGCCAGGAGGUCGCCGCGCUCCGCCUCGUCGGCGUGCCCGACGCCGUCGGCAUCGACCUCGCCCCGGCGCCGCCGCUCGUCCUCAGGGGCGACUUCCACGCGCAGCCCUUCGCCGACGGGGCCUUCGACUUCGAGUUCUCCAACGUCUUCGACCACGCGCUCUACCCGGACCGCUUCGUCGCCGAGAUCGAGCGCACGCUGCGCCCCGGCGGCGUCGCCGUGCUGCACGUCGCGGUGCACCGCCGCGGGGACAAGUACUCGGCCAACGACCUGCUCGACGUCGACGGCCUGCUCGCGCUCUUCCGGCGGUCGGAGGUGGUCAGGGUCUCCAAGGUCGACGCCUUCGGCCUGGACACCGAGGUCGUCCUCCGCAAGAAGAGUGCUUAAUUACCACUGUUAGGUCAGGGGAAGAGAGAAGAUCUACGAGCAGAACAGGACUUGGAAACAUAUGUCAUAUGUGGCACCUCAUCUCCAAAUUUUCAGCAUUGCGAUUGAAUCAGUUGUACUGGGAUUGCGGCAAUAAGGGGAAUCUUUUCCUUUUCCUUUUAUGUGGGGUUGCUAAUUCAGGGGAAAGCAUCAGCUUUACCUUUCGUGUCCACUUUGGGAAGAGAUUGUACGUAGAAGAGAAUCAAAGAUUGACGCCGCCCCAUUCUGGCAUUCUCCUCCUUGGGAGAACAUGUCUGUUGCUGUGCAUUCUGCCACUGUCCCGUGGCAACUUUCAUGCCUCUUCCCGGACAUUGUUCCAUGGCAAAUUAAAGCGUACAUAAAGCAGAAGGCGCACUAAUUCGUCGUCAGAUCACAAUCAUUUGGUUUAACUACGUAUCAAAACUUGGCUGGAAUACUGGUAGGCUGGGGCUCCAGCGAUAUUGCAAUCUGGACAACCCAGCGGAUGAGACAAUUGUCCCCGGCCACGUGAGUGAGCGCAUGCAUGCAGCAAAAUUAGGUGGUCAGUGCCUCAGUGGUCACUCUUGCUGUGCCCGUCCAGCACGACACCAUGCACGGAAAGGAACGGUAUGCGUCAGGAGAUGCCUCGCAUGCGG